AUGGCUUUGGCCCUGAAGUUCUUUGUUAUAAAUAUUGCCAUAAUGCCUUUGGCAUCUUCACCUAGCACUGCCUCCGAUCCUAGUCCCUUGCAGGAUUUUUGUGUUGCUGUUAAUGACUCUAAAGCAACUGUUUUCGUCAAUGGAAAAAUUUGCAAGGAUCCGAAACUUGUCACUGCUGAUGACUUCUUCAGACCAGGCUUAAACGUUCCUGGAAAUACAUCAAAUCAAUUUGGAUCAGUUGUAACAGCUGUGAACGUGAACAAUUUGCCUGGACUAAACACUCUUGGCAUUUCUUUAGCUCGUGUUGAUUUUGCACGACGUGGUCUUAAUCCGCCUCAUACACAUCCUAGAGGAACUGAGGGUCUUAUCCAUUUUCAACUUAAUGUGGGAAAGACUAAUGCUAUUGCAUUUGCUGGUCUCAGCAGCCAAAAUCCAGGAGCUAUCACUAUUGUAAACACAGUAUUUGGCUCAGAUCCGCCAAUUAAUGAUGUUGUCCUUGCUAAAGCAUUCCAAGUUGGCAAGAAAACAAUUGAUCAUCUUCAAGAACAGUUUUGGUGGGAUAAUAACUAA